CGAUUAGGAGCCCUUGGGUUAGUUGCUAAAUUGACCACCAGGCGUGGUAAUCUUUUGUCCAAAACUCUCUCUGCCUCUUACCUAUUUUUGUAUUCGCCCCAACAACAGUCACAUGUCAAGCAACGAGCAGUAAUUAACAAGUGAGAAGGUAUCUCAUCAAAACCAUAGAUGCUCCUAUUUAAAACAAAUUUGGGUAGUUACCCUCCCAUUUGGGCAAGUGGGCAACCCACCUAGCCACUUCCCUUGCACCGAGAAUGAUCUUAAUAGUUUACAAACUUCAUUUUAAUUCUCGUUAAUAAAAAAAACUAUCUUACCCGACUUUAACGUAAAAGACGAGUCCUAAACUUUGCCCUAACUUUACCUACAUGGACACCACUCAUGAGUUAUGAGUCAUGAUUACUUAUAUUUGAACCACAAUAGGAAAUUGCCUUAUCAUUGCCCAUUAUCACCAUAUGUCCAUUAAUGCCACUUCUACUCAUUUAUUCCACCAACAUGAUGCCAAAUCUGCAAUAUAAUUAUCAGCCAUACCCUUUUGUAGAUCUUGCCUGCAUAUAUCCAUAUUUAUUUUCCUUAAUAAAAUGAACUUAAAAAUAAAAAAAAAGUCACAUUUUGACUUCCCUUUGAACUUUUAACCACCUUUUUCCAGUUACUCUCACUUCUUCCACUCCACUCACUCACUCAUUUUCUCUCUUUUAAAGGAAAAAUUCUUCAAACAAAAUCAUUCUACUUUCAUUGUUAAUCAUCAUUAAUUCCUACCCAAAAGUCAAAAAAUCAUCUUUAAUUACCCCAUUUAAUCACAUUAAUUCAUCAUUAAUCUUGUCAUUUCACCUCAUAUUUAUUUUGUCUGCAUUUCACCAUUUUUAUGCUACAAUCCGAGUUACUCGUUUCUUACUCAGAUCUAAGAUGAUGAAGAAAAAGCAAGGUAUCUGAGGUGAAGAAGCAAGCAAAAAUUUAGCAACCCCAGAAAAAACCCAGCAAAAAAACAGGUGGAAAAAAAAAUGAGGGUAAUUUCAGUUUAUUAUGUAGUGUUUUUAGUGGUGUUUUCUGGGUUGAUUAGUUAUUAUAAUGGGGUAAAUGCUAGUUUACUUGAUGAUGAUAAGGAAGCAUUGUUGGAUUUUGUGAACAAAGUUCCUCAUUUACAUGUUCUUAAUUGGAGUGAGAGUACUUUAAUAUGUAGUAAUUGGACUGGUAUUACUUGUAAUGCUGAUUUGACUCGAGUAAUCGCGGUCCGAUUGCCGGCUGUAGGGUUUAAUGGAGAGAUUCCAGGUGAUACUAUUAGUAGGUUAUCAGCAUUGGAGAUAUUGAGUUUAAGGGAGAAUGGUAUUAGUGGUAGAUUUCCUAGUGAUUUUGGUAGAUUGAAGAAUUUAUCUAUGUUGUAUCUUCAGUUUAAUAGUUUAAGUGGUCCUUUGCCUGAUGAUUUUUCUGCCUGGGAGAAUCUGAGUGUGCUUAAUUUGUCGAAUAAUCGGUUUAAUGGGAGUAUACCUAAGUCGAUUUCGAGUUUGAGCCUGCUUUCAGCUUUGGAUCUUUCUAACAAUUCGAUUUCUGGUGAGGUUCCUGAUUUGGGGUUGCCAAAUUUGCAAGUGCUGAACUUGUCGAAUAAUAAUCUUACUGGCAUUGUUCCGAAGUCGUUGCAAAGGUUUCCGAGGUCUGCAUUUGUUGGGAAUGAUGUUGGUUUUGUGAAUUCUUCGGUUGAGCAGUCAGAUGUGUCGCCUGUACCUGGUGUAAGGCCGAAGCCAAGGAAUUGGUGGAGACAGGCUUGGUUCUUGGCAAUUGUUAUAGGAUGUGGUGUUCUUGGGAUUGUAGCAUUCGGGUUUCUGUUCUUUGCUUGUUGUUUGAGAAGAAAGGAUGAUGAUGGUUUUACUGGAAAGUUUCCUAAGGGAAGCAUGUCCCCUGAGAAAACAAUCUCGGGUAGUCAGGAUUCAAAGAACAGGCUCGUGUUCUUUGAGGGUUGUAAUUAUGCUUUUGAUUUAGAGGAUCUGUUGAGGGCUUCUGCUGAAGUUUUGGGGAAGGGGACAUUUGGUAUGUCUUAUAAGGCGAUUUUGGAGGAUGCAAAUGUUGUGGUUGUCAAGAGGCUGAAAGAGGUGAGCGCUGGGAAACGGGAGUUUGAGCAACAAAUGGAAUUGAUUGGGAGCAUUAGACAUGAAAAUGCGGUUGCACUUCGAGCGUAUUACUACUCAAGGGAUGAAAAGCUAAUGGUGAAUGAUCACUGCAGCCAGGGUAGUAUCUCGGCAAUGUUACACAAUCAAAGAGGAGAAGAUAGGAUCCCUUUGGACUGGGAGACACGGUUGAGAAUAGCCAUAGGAGCAGCAAGAGGAAUUACUCACAUCCACUCAGUCAACGGAGGAAAAUUUGUGCACGGCAACAUUAGGUCUUCAAAUAUCUUUCUCAACUCCCAGAAAUAUGGUAGUGUUUCAGAUUUCGGAUUAGCAACAGUUAUGAGUCCAUUAGCUCCACCUAUUUCUCGAGCUGCUGGUUAUAGAGCUCCUGAAGUGACAGACACCCGAAAGGCAACCCAAGCAUCGGAUGUCUACAGUUUUGGAGUAUUUUUACUUGAGCUUCUUACUGGAAAGUCACCAGUCCAUGCAACUGGGGGUGAUGAACUUGUGCAUUUGGUCAGGUGGGUUCAUUCAGUAGUCCGAGAGGAGUGGACUGCUGAAGUCUUUGACCUUGAGAUCCUGAGAUAUGCUCAUGUUGAAGAAGAGAUGGUAGAGAUGUUGCAGGUUGCUCUGACAUGCGUGGCCAGGGUCCCAGAACAGAGACCCAAAAUGCCAGACCUUUUAAAAAUGAUUGAGGAUGUGCGGCAGUCUCUUGCCGAGGCUCACCCUGAAAAUACUACAGCCACAUCAAGUCCACCACAUUAGCUGUUUAGCUAUGGUAUUUUAAUUCCUCUUUCUGAUUCAAAUUUCUUACAUCGAGUAAUCUGAAUCACUGUUAUUUUACGAUUUGUGGCCUAAAAUAUGGCCAAAGUCAGAUGGAACUCAUGGAAAUAGUAGGGUUGUAAAAGAGCAAUAUAUAUUGCAAGACAUUUUUUUUUUUUUUUUUUUUUUUUGCCCAUUAUGGUUUUGUGAUGGUUGUUGUAAUACUAAUUUCAAGCUGUAUUGAAAUGCCUCUUUUGUCAUUAAAUUACUGGAUGGUUUCAUUACUGGAA